CCCACGUCAAACCAGACCCAACUCCAACCCUUACCUACCGUCAUGCGCUAUGUCCGCUUCCUCAAGACGCCCCGCAUCGUCCCCGAGAAAGGGGCGGACAAAAGCCAUGUCUACUGUCUCAUCACGCUUACGUCUGAUUUGGGCGAUUCGUUCUUUCCCUACGAUGCUGAGUUGGCGGCAGAACUCGUCUCGCCUGCACGUGACUUCCAAGGCGAUGAGAUAUGGGUAUGGCGCACUGUGAAAUGGUCUGCGGGGAUGAGGGCUCUCGCUAUAACACUGCCGUUGAAGAAGUCCUUUACACUAGGCCCCCUGCGCGUGCGGGUUGGUGUCGAGCCCAAGGCUGAACAUGAUACGCUUGUCAACCUGUCUCAAGAAGACUCCCAGGGCAUCGUCUCAGCGUGGAGCGCCGAGUUCAAUUCAAACGGGAGCAAGGAGGCAGUGAAACUGGUUGAGCGAAGAUUUCAAGUAGCUCGUCGAAGGAUAAGCGUCUGGGAAGAGACUGGAGAGAGCAUUGCUCGACACUUGUGGGAUGCUGGCAUCACACUAUCCUGUCAAAUGGACACUCUUGGAUCGAAGGAGAGCGCCCUAGCCACAGCCCUGGACUUCACAUCGCGCGAUCCAAGUGCAAGCCUGGGUGUGCUGGAGCUAGGCACAGGCUGUGGCAUAGUCGGCAUGACACUUGCAUCCGUCAUUCCCAACUGCGACGUAACACUCUCUGAUCUUCCUGAAGCACGGGAAAUCGUUGAGAAGAACAUCAGUGAAUCUGUCCUAGAGCUAAGGAACGGAUCGAACCUCUCCUUCGAGGAACUGGAUUGGGACGCUGAACUACCUGCCUGGCUCGCACACCCGCGCGCCGGAAUCAAACUGGUGCUGGCCGCUGAUUGCACAUACAACCCUGACAGCAGCCCGGCGCUCGUCAACACACUGCGUCGACUGGCCGCUGUACAUACGAAGCUCGUUGUUGCAAUAGCAAUGAAGAUGCGGCACGAUAGUGAAUGUGUUUUCUUUGAUCUCAUGGCUGAAGCUGGAUUCAGGGAAACGGCGUUGCUGGAAUAUCUGCUGCCUGGUGAUGUUGAGCCGGGGGAGGAGAAAGUGUAUCUGCAUGUCUACCGGUAUGGUUCUUGA